UUGCAAUGUUUUGAGUGUCACUCAUAAAUUUCUUAAAUGCCUUUCAAAGUUCUUUUUAUUUGAAGUGCACAGAAUUGAAGUGCAACAAAACACUGCAAAACUCAAAACAGAGCUUAAAAAACAUUUAAACAAGAUAGAACAACUUUCAAAGAAACUAAAAAACAAACGAAAUCUGUGAAAUGUAAUGACCAGCUCUUGAAAACACGUCAAAAACUAAAAGUUCAACAAAAUCUGGAUAAAUUCCAGUACUCUUUCACAUAUAAAAAGAACAUACAUACAUACAUAAAUAUAUUGUUGUGGACACAAAAAGAAAAACGCGAACUAAAGUGAUGUGAUGUCAUAAUAAAACUUUGCCCUUAUCGACAAUAUAAAAAAAUAGUGCAAAAACGAUAUCAGCGGAACAGCGAGGUAAAAGUUAAUAAAUACUAAAUACCCGCCAAGCAAAUCGAAGUGCAAUUUGUGAUAACACAGCGAGCAUGACGGACUACACGGACUACGUGGAAGCCGCCUGGCAGUAUGCGGAAUGGCUACCUUACCUCCUCGUCUCCUACGUGGUGGUCACCCUGCUGCCCAAGUCCCUCAUCCGGAUGAAACGCUUCGCGGACACGGACUACGAGGCAAACAGGAACAGGUUCCACCGCUGCUACGGCCCAGAGCUGUGCUGCCACGUCCUGGCGCAGGAGCAGGUCGCCGGCAAGGUGAAACCCAAGGCCAGGAAGCCCGUGACCCGCGUCUAUCCCAAGCGCCAGCAGGUGGCGCCCAAAGCGGAGCUGCCACCACCAAGUCCAGCGCCCGUGAAGCGGAGCAAUGUGACCAAGAUAGCCAGGAUGUUUGAGACGGGCACCACGCGCCAGGUGAGCCGGGUGGCACCCAUCACGCUACCCGAGAUCAGGAUGUUCGGAGCGAGCGAUGAGUCCAGGGACUCCACGCCCUGCGCCUCGCGGAAAACCAGCAUCGCCAGUCAGCUCUCGGCGCAGCUGCAGCACAUCGAGCAGACGAUGCACCUGUGGCAGGAACUGGACGAGGAGCCCGCCAAGAAGGCAUCUGCCCACAGCGACUGGGAGCCCAUGGCAGUGCCGGUUUCAAGACGCACCCGUGGCACCUCUGCCACGCCCUCCACGGCCUCCCCGCUCUCCAGUUCCCCGGAGCAGGAGCACUCCCGCUCCCCGGUUCGCCUGAGGAAGCCGCCUUCGCUGUGCCUGCAGUCCAGCAUGGAGGACAUCUUCCAGGUGAUCGCCCGGAGUGCCGAGGAGCCGGAGGACUGCCCGGAUUGCCAGUGCCUCUCGCCGGUGACCAGUAUCGAUGACAUCCUCUCCGAGCGGCGCUUCUCCCGCCCCCUGUCCGCCUACUCCAUCACCGAUCUCCUCAACGAGGAGCAGGCCUCCUGCAUCGAAGAGACCACGUACAUCAACGAAACCAGAUGAGAAGCACAUAGGUUCGUUUUUUAGUGCCAUCCCCCAGGGUCAGAUGGAACCACCAGGUGAACAGCCAUCCCAUCCAGGCAUUUGUCCAGGAAACAAAGCCACCGGAGACCUUGCCAAGUCCCAAGUUCACAGGAAACCGCCUGCAUUUUGUUUGUUUAAUCGCUGGAAACUUAAGCAAAUCAAAGUAAAGAAUUUCCCACUCAAAUCGCAAUUGGCAGUGGCAGUUGAAUUCGCCUGUACUUAGUAAUCCCAAUCAAUUGUAUAAACGUUUGUUAUGUCCAGAACCCGAAUUGUCAUUGCGAAGCAUCUCACACACAGAGAACAGUACUGCUAAACUAAUAUGCUGAUUGUACGUAUUAACUUAUGAAUAAACAUGAAUUUGUAUGGUAGUAUUACUUAUCGUUAAAUGUUACUAUAAUGUACUAUAUGUUAGAAGUGAGAACUGUAUCAAAUGCAACACACACGUCUUAUUAUAUUCUUAAUAAAGUGAAAACACUGUAUAUUCUCGUAUGCACAGCUGUUA